AUAAUAUUAUAUUUUUAGAUUAUUAUGUCAAAAGGAGGAAAUCCCAUCAACUUCCCUGAAGCAUUCCACAACUACCUAAGAAAGACUCCAAGAGUCAUGUUCUACUACUUCUUCUUCACCACCGCAUCAGUCCUAGUCUUGACCCAAGGAUGGACUGAAAGAAUGAACAGGAGAUCAUCUCCAGGUGGCAACUACCUGAUGCUAAACAGAGCAAAGAGGUUGUUCAUGCCAUAUUCAUUGAUCAGCUACAGAUGGAAACUCUAAUUGCUCAAAACAUUCGCUAAUAUU